AUGGCUGACAUGUUGUCGCUUGCACCUUCAGAUGUUGGCAAGAGUUCAGUACUGUCUUUGCCCUCGGAAUCUUCGGGAAGUGUGAAACUCAGUUUGACUAAAGCUCGGCCUGGUCCUAAAGGUUUGAGAACAGGUCGUAUCGCAACCGAAGUCUCUCGUCAAAAAGGAGGCAAUAAGGAUGCCCAGACAGUCGGCAAGUCUCCCAAGGUGUUGCAUGACCGAGGUGACACCAAGGCCACUAAAUCAAAAGGACACAGGGAUAAAAACAAAAUUAACACAACCAACUUAGAAGGGUUUCGACCGGACACCGCGGCCUCUCCCCGCCUUCCCAAAGGCACCAAACGGAAAGCUGAAACGGAUUCACGCCCUCAGCAAGAUCAGUGCUGGCAUUGCCCCUUAUGUCAGCUCAACAUCACCAUCCCUGCCGGCCCCAACGCCCGCAAACGCUUGUUGAAAUUCAAAUGCAAUCACCUGCAGACCCGGCACACCAGCGAAGAGCGUAGGAGCAUUAGGAUCCGCGCGCGUCUAGGUAAUGUCACGCAGGUGUAUGAGGCUUCUGUCCACAUCCCACUUGAGGAGCGCUCUUGGACUUGCAAAGUUUGCUCUGCUGGGCUUCCCCACAUCAGCAUUAAAAGCAACUUGGAACGGAGCAAAAUGGAACAUUUCAAAACUCAACACCCCGACUUGGACCCCAAAUCGGCUCAAAGUUUCAAUUCCAAGACUGGCACUAUCAGGACCCUGCGGGAGGCACAGGAGAACAAUUACAAGAGGCUUGCCAAGGUUGCGGAAGCUAAAGGUCACGUCCCGGUUUCCUGUUGGAUCAGCCCCAAACCUGGUGCCCCUGAUGCUCACAAAAUUGUUCUCCCUUUGUGUUCUCGAUGUUUGAUCACGGGUACUCAAUUGAAAUUCAAGCGCACCCCAUGUGGAACUACUGAGCAGAAGCUGGCAGACCUCCGACACGGGGGCCACAAAGCCGAGAGAAUUGGUGAGGCCAGUCACCCUGGCCCUGCAAACAUAAUCAAUCAGAUUAGUGUUUACUGUUGCAAUGUCCAGUCUGCCACGGGGGCCUGGGCCUUGCUGGAACAUGGUAGUUGCAAAACUGAUGAGUUGCGGAGUUGGUGCUUACAAGAAACCAGGAUGAAAGAUUAUGAGGCUCAAGCAUUUCACAGGGAUGCGCAGCGUCGUGGCUACAAGGUUUACCAACUGGCAGGGAACACCACUCUGGAUAGGAUUGGUUUGUUUGCACUUUCUAUGCGCCCCCUGACCGAUCCACUCGACGGACGGGACAAUGCCCAAACCGAGGUUGCUGAACAGAUUACAGAAAUCUUGCAUGAGAGUCAGGCUCAAAGGUGGCUCUUCUGUGGUGAUGCCUAUGAAAUUCCAGGUGAUAGUACGAUUGCGGCGGCCUUAGUUGCUCAAGGGGGCACCACCUUGCAAAUCAACCGUGGUACUAGGUCGCUAAGCUUCGACGCAAAGUUGCCCGGCUGUUUGAACUUCAGCGUUUGUUUGCAGAAGAGCAUCAAUGAACCUGAAAUCAGUGUGCAGCGGCGCUUUCAGAACACUGCCAAAAAUUUGAUCAAAAACUGCGGUUGGGAUCAGAAGGAUGGAGUCUGCGCCAUGUCUGGUAUCAGCUCAAUGAUGCCAGACCUGCUCUUGCUGAGCUUGAAAAGUCCGUCCGAGAAAGACGGCUGGCCCAGUGGAGCCCCUGAACCGGAUCCUAACAAAGCAGUGCAGCAUCUACGAAACUUCUGGACUAGCUUCUGGAAAGAAAGUGAUGACUCAUCACCUGAUGACACGGCUAUCAUCCAGCAACUCCUUCAAGAUACUCCUGUCCGGGAUGCCAGCACUUGGGAACCCCCUACUGCCAUUAUGGUCAAGGCCCAGGCUGCGAAUAGCCGCGGUUCUGCAGGUGCCGAUGGAUGGACUGGCGAGGAACUUGGCUCUUUGCCUCUUGGGGUCUGGGAACUGUUUACGGUUUUGAGUGCGAGCUGGCUUCGACAAGGGUCGGUGCCCACUAUCCUUCUACAAUCUAGAGCUGUUUUCAUGCCUAAGCCUAACAAAGUUGCGGAGGGUCUUUGCAGACUUGCUGAUGUUCGUCCUAUCACCGUGCUAUCUGCCUGGUGGCGGAUAUGGCUCAGUGCAUGGCUUCCAACAAGUCACAUGACUGUUUGGAUCUCGGAAGUUUUGGAUGAAUCUGUUGUUUACGGCAAGCAAUCUGAUGCCCAAACCAGUGCAGCUGGAAUUUUGGAUGCCUAUGGUAGACAUGGCUAUUUGGCUUCCCUGGACUUCACGAAAUGCUUUGACCUCUUGAGGCCCAGUGCUUGCUGUGCCCUCCUCAAACAAAAUGGUUUCUGUCAUUUGAUGAGCGAUUUGUGUAGUCACUUUUGGACGAAGCAUGUCCGUUGGUGCACUUGGCAACAAGUGACGGAUCACACGACUUUGUGUUCCGGGCACAUGGCGGUUCCUCAGGGUGAUCCGUGGGGACCCCUGAUGAUUGCAUUGUAUCUCAGUGCUGGCCAGGGAUACAUUCGACGAAGGCUUCCGCAUGUGGUUGGUGCUGCUAGCAACUACAUGGAUGAUCGCUCCUUUACUAGCACCACUGCUAUUGGCUUGGUGGAAACUAUUCAAGGAUGGGCUGAAUGGUCUGCUCAAGUUGGCCUUCGUGAAAGUGAAAAGGGUCAAUGCACGGCCAGAUCACUCAAAAACAAAGAGGCUCUUCAAGCGUGUUUGCACAACCAAAGCAUGUUUGUCCCGGAAGCUACGUUCCUUGGGGUGUCCACCCGUGGGGCACCUCGGAGAAAUAGCGACAAAGAGAAUGCUCGCGUGGCUGAUGCUUGCAAUCAGUACAAACUCCUUGCUACUCUUCGGCUGUCGGCUGAAAGGUAUGCUUUCUACUCCCGGUAUUUUGCCAUCAGUAAGGUCACAUAUGGCUGGCUUGGUCGCUGCGACCAGUGCUGGUUGCAGAACAGUGUCAGUUGGGGCCAGUGUGAGUCCUGCUUGGAGGGGCGAAUUGUGUACUUAGGAUGCGUGCAGCACGCGUUGUGGGACGCUCUGCACAGAACAGAUGGUGCCGCCGCUGAUGAUGCGGAGGUGGCAAGUGAUGGCGCGGGCGCUGGUGAUGCUGCAUACUUCAAUGAGGGCGCAGAGCCAGGUCAGGCUGCACGUGUGCGGUUCAGCGCUGGGCCUGGCGAGGAAGACCCCUUGGACGCUUUCAUGGCGGAGAUCAACUCAGAGAUUGCAAAGACGCCUGCAGGUGCUCAUGGCUUUGAAGUGAAGAUGCAGAAGGCGCAGGCUAUGUGGGAAGAAGACGCAGAGGAUUUCGUUGCCUCCUACUACGAGUCAUAUGAGAAGGUGGCGCCUCAUGAUGAUGCCGAGGAGGUCGAGGAGGAUGGCGACCGCCGCAACAAACCUAUUGAGCCACUGCAAGCUGUUGACCACUCACAAAUAAAAUACAAUCCAGUGCAAACGAACUUCUACUCACCCCACGAGGAGGUUGCCAAAAUGACCAAUGAACAGGUUGCCAAGAUCAGAGUGGACUUGAGAAUCAGUGCCACUGGAUCGUCGAUUCCAGCCCCAGUUACGUCCUUUGCGCACAUGGCCCAUGUGUUGGGCCGCGAGAUUAUGGAGGCUAUCCGAAAACAUGGAUACCAGCAGCCUACGCCGAUCCAGGCGCAAGCCAUGCCGGUAGCGCUCGCAGGUCGGGAUGUUAUCGGAAUAGCAGAGACCGGAAGUGGCAAGACAGUGGCGUAUUUGCUUCCGAUGCUGGUGCAUGCCAUAGCUCAGCCAGAACUGCAGAAGGAUGAUGGGCCCAUAGGCAUUGUGCUUUGCCCUACGCGGGAGCUGGCAGUCCAGAUCGAGACCGAAACCUACAAGUUCAACAAACAAUUAGGCAUGCGCAGUAUCACCCUCGCUGGCGGAUUAAGCAAACUUGAGCAGUUCAAAGAGGUGAAGCGUGGAGCGGAGAUUGCAAUUUGCAAUCCGGGCCGACUUAUCGAUGUGGUAAAGAUGAAAGGCUGCAACUUGCAGCGCUGUACAUACAUUGUGCUGGAUGAAGCAGAUCGCAUGUUCCACAUGGGAUUUGAAUACCAGAUGAGAUCCAUUGUGCAGAACAUUCGCCCAAGCAGACAGACACUUCUGUUCUCAGCCACUUUCCCGCCAAAGAUUGAGAAGCUGGCCCGCGAUCUUCUUCAGCAGCCAGUGCGAAUCACGAUUGGCGAAGCUGGACAGGCCGCUGCCAAUGUGCAGCAGUUCGUUGAAGUGCUGAAGACAGACGAUGAGAAGUGGGCAUGGUUGUCCAAGCGAGUUGACACUAUGCUUCAACGGGGCCAGUUGUUGGUCUUCGUGAAGUCGAUCCACAGCGCGGAAGAGCUUUCGCAGAACUUUCAAGACUUUCUUGGCAAGAAGACGGAGUUCCUGCACGGAGAUCUUGAUCAAGGCGAACGUAUGCGGAUCCUCAAGAAUGUGAAGAAGAGAGUGGUGGAUGUACUCAUCGCAACCGAUGUGGCGGCAAGAGGUCUUGACCUGCCCAGCAUCUUCACCGUGGUGUCUUAUGAUGCCGCUCGUGACAUCGAGACGCACACGCAUCGAGUGGGACGCACAGGGCGUGCUGGUGCUGAGGGACAGGCCUACACUCUACUUACCAGUGAUGAGCAGAACAAGAAGAUGGCUGCCCUGCUUGUCGAAAACCUGGAGCAAGCCAACCAGAAAGUCCCUGAGGAUUUGAAGGGCCUUGCGAUGAAGUACGGGCCAUUCCGAGCAGCUAAGUUGGAAGGUCGGAGCUUCCUGGGAAAGAAGAAAGGUGGCAAGGCGGAGAAGUCUGCCUUCGGCCUGGGCUUUGAUGCUACGUCAAAGCAAAAGGAGACGGUGCAGGAACUGUCAAAGCGAUUGGACAAAGAAGCCGAUCAGCUGGCAGCCCUAAAUCGACAGAAGAUCAGUGGCAAUCCAAGACAAGGCCCUGGGAAGAUCAUGGCCAAGAGUGGUUUCGUGGCAGCGGCACUGAGUGAGCCAGCGCCCGCGCCAAAGCAGGAGUCCAAAGAUGAAGAUUCCUCCGAUGAAGAUCUCUUUGCCCCUGGAGUUACCAGCGCCUUUGGCAAAGGCCCAAAGGCUGCAGCAACUCCCUCAACAGGGUCCAGGCAAAUCUUUGCAGUGCCGCAACAUUCCUUCACCUCAAAUGCUGUGCAGUUGCAGCCGGGAAUGCAACAUGCAUCCACUAGUCAGCCAACUCUGCCAAUGGUCAGUGCUUCGGCUGUGCUGACUAUGAACGCACUCCAGAGGUCAUCAUCUCCUGUGAAGCAGGGCUUCAGCGAUGGCCCACUUGCAAGGCGAAGAAGCAGGUCAAGGAGACGAAGCCGGUCUCGACGACGCAGUCGAUCGCGGAACAGUCGAUCGCGGCGCAGCCGAUCACGGCGACGGAGGCGAAGGUCUUCUUCGUGA